GUCGAGUGUCUUGGGAAGAGUGGGCCAACGGCAGCAGAAGCUGUUUUCGCAGGUGCUGUACAUGGUGUUGAUCUUAAGGCUGUAGCGUAGUAUCAAAGUUCUAAGUUCAUGAUUUGAAAGAGCAUCAUCUUGCUAUGGCUGGUUGUGACUAGAGAGAUUACAAAUGGUGCAUUUUUGAUGUGUUUAUCUCCAUCUUCUAUGUUCCUUGUUCUUGCUCUAUUCUAAAGUGCGGCGGCCGACCACAUUUCAGUGACGACCACAAGCGCAAAUGUAUCGACUGUAUGCGCACUUGUGGUAUGAAGUACGCAUUUAUCGGAUACCGAGUUGCGCUCAUUGCGAAGGAUCUUGAUAAGAAGCUUCUCUUUUCGGCAUAUCGCGAAAUUACUUGGUAGAAAUAUUUUUUAGUUUCUAACUUUUAGAUGAUGAACGUUGACGUGCAGAGUUUCUAACGCGUUCGAAUUCGCUUGAUUGCGUUGUUGGGUAGGAGGAGUCUUGAAGCGUGGGAAGAAGGUGCAGAAGGGCGCGCGGGUUUGUGAUGUCGUUUCUUGUGAGUGUUGGGCAAGUGUUGUUUGUUAUUUGGCGAGCUUUGUCCGUGCUUUGGGUGUUUAUUGUUUUUGAGUGUUUUGCCAGUUUUUCAGGGUUCGCUUCUUGGUUUUGUGACGUGGUUGAUUUUUUUUUUGUCUUUCGUGUAGUGUUUGAGUUUAAUGGUCGUGCCUUACUCGCGUGGUGUAGUGUCUAAGUUUUAUGGUCGUGCCUUAGUCGCGUGGGUUUUCCUCGGCUAUGCGUUUGCACUCCUUCGAUGGAGUAGCGUCCUAAUUUUGGGAGGGGUUUGCGUCUUUCACGUAGGGAGUUCCUUGCUUCCUCGAGGGUGCGACGCAGGGCCUUGCAAUCAUUGCGGCACAUGUCUCAGCGCGUGCGUUAUGGCCGGAGCCAGCGAGCUCAGAGGGAAGGGCGUGGAGGCUUAUGGUCACGGGGCGACAUCUUUCGCGUCUGGAUGCGAGUGCGGCAAGUCUCCGGGCGUUCCUCGUAUAGCUUCGACGCCCAAAAAAAGAGAGCGGCGAGCAUGGCGGAACCAGCGCCGCGCCGUCGUGUUAGUGGCUUCCGCUCUUCUCCUGUGGGAGAAUAAUACACACGCAGCCACUUGAGAAGCUGCCGGGGGAUCGCGAGGCGGCGGAAGUUACGGAGAAGAGAGCCUACAGCCGUGCAGUGCGUAGCUCUGAGAACAUUAGCGGCAAGGAUUGGAGAGACUGGCGCGAGCAAGCCAGCGUGCUGCAAUGCUGUGGCAGGAUGCUGCGACGAUGGUGCCGAUUGGUGAGGCUGGGGCCUUUCGAGUGCUAGCCGGUGCGUAGACUGGCGGAGCAAUUACAUCGAUGAAGCAUUCGGCGACGCGACGCCUUGCGUAUCUUGGGGGCCAGGGUGGUGAGUUUUUUUCGUGCAUGAGAAGGGUCCUGGGCUUAGACCACCCAGGAGGGUCGAGGGGAGCGCUCUGGGCUUAGACCACCCAGGGCGGAGCGUUCGCGAAGAUGGUCAAGGGGAGCGCCCUGGGCUUAAAAGAUCCAGGGCAGAGCAUUCGGGGAGAUGGUGUAGGGGAGUGCGCUGGGCUUAGACCACCCAGGGCACGGGACUCGCGAAGAUGGUCCUGGAGAGUGUUGAAACUUUAGACGAAAACUCUCAGCUUGCUGAUUGUUUCCGUUUCUCCUGAGGUUAGUCGGCUCCUUGGUUUCCAUCUUAUGCAAACGAUACGGAUCGAGUCCACUCGAUUCCUAUUUUUGUGUUUGUUUUGAAUUCGAGGAGUUCCGUACUCUGGUAGUUUUUUUGUUCUAAAUAUUUGCAUGGUCCUGCAUCAUUUAUCAAAAAAUAAUUUCAGGGGCUAACUUUGUGGCAUGCUGAUUUGAUGAGGCUGGAGCGGAUUGGGCUAGGUGUUGGAGAUACAGAUAGGAAAAUAG